GUGUUCCUAAUAAUCCUUUAGGAGAGUGUAUGUACACAGCUUGUAUGAAUCAAAACGUGCACAGUGAAUGAACAAUUGUGAAAUUAAAUGAGCAAAUCAUUUCCUCCUUCCAUACUGAGUCCAUAUCGACCCUUAAUAAAAAUAGUUACUCCAAAUAAAAACAAUGGCAGAACCCAUUUAUAGACCCAACAACAUUACCAGAUAAUGCAUUCAGAUUUUGCAUUAUGCAUGCGAUGCCGUUGCAUUCCAGGUUUUGUCUAGCACAGUCACGGUUUGAUUGCAUAAUUUCCCUUCAGGGAUCAAUAAAAAAUGUCUCUCCAUCCAUCCACACAAAUACCACUGUAGAAAUCACCUUGACAUCACCCUUACUUUCCAAACUGCACGCAUCUUUGCAUUCUAAGAUUGAUGUAUACCAGGUGAGGAAGAUUUCAUUACCACUGUAGCCGUGGUGAGGAUGAAGGGGUUAUAGAGACAGCAAUAGUGUUUGUAAACCUGAAGUGCUAUUUUCUCUAGAGAGCACCACGCUGAGGUUGUUAUUGCAUCAAGUUGCAGGCAGGUGCCCAAAGCUGGCCCUUAAAUGAAUGUGCCCAUGGGCAAUCAAUGGACGAUAAGCUUAUAGCAAAAGUCUAAUAGUUUCUGUAAGAGUGCAUCGAAUAGUAAAGGCUUUUAUUAGACUUCUUUAACUGGACGUUUUAUUAUUAUUUGUGUGGUUUCCGUUGCAUGUGGUAGAAUUUAAAGUGGAAAGAACAGGUUGUGUUGGAUGAGGGAGGUACACUCGUGCACCUGUGUGUGGCUGUGACUAAUUACCUUGUAUGUGUGAGAGUCUCCCGUCCCCCUCUCAGGAGGAAAAAUGUCAUUUGGAUGGAGAGAAGAGCGUGUGUUUCGCUGCUUUGUCACUGGGGCCGGCAUGAGGGCACUGCAGGGGCGCUGGACAAUUACCACAACUCAGACGGCAUCACCUCAAUCAGAUGUGGCCCGGAGCUUUGCGCUUUCCCCUUGCUUCUAUUUGUGGGCUGUGGCAAGGAAAGAUUUCUGACAUCUGAGCAGUGAGGAAACAGGAGACGUAACGGUGACGGUGGAGAGACGCGACACAGGCAGGGGCUCCCUUAUUAAUACCAUCAACCAUCUCUUAAUUCAUUUAACAGGACGACAAAAGCAUCUCACAUCAACCGACAUGCAACAUCGUAUGCUAGGUUGAAGAAGAUGUACAAUGGAUGGUCCAGCAGUAAAUACAAGCUAUACACAUCCAGCACCGCAGUCAUGGGCCGGAGAAAACCACAUGACCUCGGGCAUUUCUCCAGCCAGCUGGAAACCUAAUGCAAGCUGUCCGCCUCCCUCAAAUCUAUACCCAUAUUUGAACCCAACACAUCAGAGCACAGAAGUGAGCUCGGCUCCGAUGACUAACACACCUAUAACCUGCUCAGGUGGUCGGCCUCAGUCGCUGUACUGGGACAUCUCACAGCAAAGCUACCAGGGUGUAUUUAACCCUGCUCCUGAUCUUUCAAAUAUGAAGGCUCAGGAAAUGCCACAGGGAAGCUACUCAUUACCAACGAGUCCUACAUCAAAUUCCAAGUCGGACUCUCGAUACGGUCUGGAUCCUCGGCUUCUACCCAGUGUGGUGCAGGUGAUCAAAGAGGACAGGGAACAGUGGGAAGGGAACGUGUUUGUUUCCAAGUCCAAAUCCUCCGUUCCCCCUCUCUCCUCAACACGAUGCACCCUGGAGGACAGAGGUAAUGCCACACCUAGAUUUCUCCGCUGCACGUCCUAUAUCUUCCCUGUAGAUGCGCAAUCAGCUCAGAAGAGCCACCUGCCUCUGGGUGCGACUGUUUGUCCUCUGGCAACAGCUGAGAGAGGAGAGCCUGCUGUGCCUGUUUGUGAAGAAGGGGAUUGCAUUAAGGGAUGCAGACACUGCAGGGCUUUUAUGAGCCCUGCUAUGAUCUGGCAGGACUGUGGGCAAAGAUUCUACUGUCCCUUCUGCGACAAACCUAAUGACGUGCCGUGGCAGUCCUAUCAGCCCACCAGUCAGGGUCGCCGUGUCGACUGGGAAAGAAAACCUGAGCUCAGUCUCGGUUCAUAUGAAAUUCAGGAGAAACAGACGGCCAAUGCUGCUGUGUUGCUGUUGGCGAUAGAUGUUUCUGCCAGCGCGAUGAGGACGGGGCAUCUAAACCACAUAUGUCAGCAGAUUUGUUCCCAAUUACAGAUUUUACAUGAGGCCGGAGGAGCUGACCAGUCAGAUCUUCGAGUUGGUUUGAUGACCUAUGACAGCCGGAUUCACCUGUAUAACCUGAGCCCAGCUCUAUCCCGUCCCCACAUGAUGGUCAUCACUGACUGUGAGGAGAUUGAACUUCCUGUGAUGGACGGUCUUUUGGUGCCACUGAAAGACUGCAGACACAUAGCUGAGAGAGUUUUACAGGAAAUUGCAUGUUUUAACCCCGAACCAGAAGAAAGAUCCAGCUCUCAAGAUCUACCAGUUGGUGCUGCACUCAAGAUUCUUCAGGCUGCAGACUCUCCAGGAAAGUUACUGAUCUUUCAUAUUUCACCUCUUACUGAAAGCACAGAUCCAAAAAGCUCCCCUGGAUUUUUUAAUUCUAGUAAAGUGAAGUCCAUCUUUCAAGCACCAGACUGUUCCAUCUCAUUGGCUAAAGAGUGCGUCAAUCAGGGAUGCAGCGUGCAUACCUUUGUGUUCUCCCAUCAAGAAGUGGGCGGAGCUUGGCCAGGACACAUACCCUUUUUCACAGGGGGACGCCUCAUGUGCUAUAAUAGUCUGCAGUCGGAGAUGGAACGGCAACACUUUCAAGCUGAUCUAAGCAGAUGUGUUAACAUGCAAAUGGCCUUCAAAGCUCAGCUGAAAGUCUUUGUCAGUAAAGAGAUGCGUGUAUCUGGUUGCUAUGGCGCCUUCAUCGCCGGUCCUGACUCCAGCCGUGUUGCCAUGGCAGCGCUUGAUUGGCGCACAGCUAUGGCAUUUGAGUUCACUCAUAACAAAUCUUUAGACGAGACGAGGGGUGUAGCCAUACAGUUUGUUUUGUCAUACAGUACCUCCUCCGGUGAGAACAGAAGGCGGAUACACACCGUUACUCUGCCUUGUUCCCAUCAGCUGCUCGACACCUUCAGAAGCAGCCAGGCUGAGACUCUCCUUACAUUUUACUGCAAAAAAAUGUAUACAUUAGCAUUGGAGAGUCCACUGCAGUCCUUGCGUGAGGAUUUACAAACAGAAGUUACUGAGAUGUUAGCCUCCUUUAGGAAACACAACUGUACUACAUCUGCGUCCCCAGGACAGCUGGUGUUACCACAGUUUCUGAAAGUACUUCCUGUCUACAUUAACAGUCUGCGCAAGAGUGAGGUGCUGCUGCCCGGGCUGCGUAGCUCUGUACAUCAACGUCUUCAACUGCGCAGCCUCAUUGUCUCCAUGGACACACUGAGCAUUGCUUCUCAGAUCUACCCACUUAUUUUGCCUUUGCCUGUCUCUGCCGGUAAUGCCAAUAUGCCAUCAGUGGAAGAAACAGUACGAUGCACGAUCUCUAGUCUAGAUCCAGGGGGUCUCUAUCUGAUCUACUGCCCGCUGGCCAUGCUUAUUUGGGUGGGCAGCCGUGUGCCUCCUCACACCCUCAUGCAGCUUUUCAACACCAACUCCUUUUCCAACCUCACAUCUGGCGAGAUCAAGCUGCCUGUUCUUGAGAACUUCCUCUCCAUCAGCACCAGAGCUCUCAUAUGCUCUCUGCAGUCCUCGGCAGCUGUUACUCUGCAGCUUAAAAUGGUGAAGGAAGGUGACAGCUGUGAUGAUUCUCCGCAGCACCUCCUGGUGGAGGACAAGAGUCCUAACGGUGGAGCCUCAUAUGCUGACUUUCUUUUUCACCUUCAUGUUAAUUCAUUGCGUCUCAUUGUGUAAUGGUCUCUCCUAAUACUCACUAGGAGGCCUGAUUGGCUUUGUGGAGCUCUUUUUAUAGGAUCAGUCUACCUGUCAUCUGCCCUGUAGACAUAUCAACCAACAGCAAGAUCUUGUAUAGAUUCUGCAAGAUUUUUUAAUAAAAUUGUAUUUCUUGAAAACUUUAAAACUUAAAAUAUCAAAACGUAUUAGUUAUAAAUAUAAUAAACAGUUUAAGAUCUCUACUGGGCAACCGAAGAAAAAAACACAAUUAGUAGGCUAUUUAAAUAUACAAGGGCUCAAAAUUCUUGCAAGUACUUCCAUCAAAGACUCUGUGAUCAAUGAUUUUCUGUUUUCAGGGUGUUUGGUUUUAUGAUUGAAUAUUUGUUUCUGAGUCAUAAAUUGUGUACUUUAUAUAUAAUUUGUACUUUGGGCAUUGCUGACAGUGUGUGUGAAUGUUUUAAGCAAUAAUAGUUUAAUUGAAUUUUGUCUCAGUAUUAAAUGUCUAAUUAAAAGAGUGCUGAUAUUUUAAUGGCCUAUUCACAUUUGAAUACAUAUUACAAAUCUGCCAUUUACUUAACAUUUCAUUUGUAUUAUAAAAAUAUUUUAAGUCAAAAUUGUGAGAAAUAAUACAAAUAAAUAAAAUAAUAUUUGCCUGCA